AUGAGAGUUACAACAAAUCGAACAUCAAAACUUCAAACAGCAACACGUACAAAAGCAUCAACAACAACGAUAUUAAAUGAACAAACUGGACAUUUACAAAAUGGUACAACUAUAGUUUCACCAACAUCAUCAAAUAAUGGUACACUACGUUUAAUUGAUUCAGGUGAUUAUUUAUCAACAGUCGUUUCACCACAACAACAUCAACCUGUCACUACAUCAACAAUGCUUCAAUAUUUACAACCAUCUUCAAAUGCAAUACAAAAUAUGCUCAUUCAACAGAUAUUAACAAGUCCCGAACAGCAACGUCUUCUUGUAGAAAAAAUUAAUCAACAAUUAAGUGAACAAAUUCAACUUAAUCUUGUUCAACCAACACCUACAUCCCAAACAACAACAGCAACAAAUUCAGACAUUAUUAAACAAAUUCAAAAUCAACUUGCUAAUCAACAAUUACUUCUUCAACAAGUUUCAUCAAAACAACAACAACAACAACAACAAAUUCCAAGUCUAUUUAGUAUUACAAAUUCCAAUAAUAUUAAUCAACCAACAACAGCUACUCUUCAAUAUUUAACAACAACACCUAAUAAUUCGUCUACUAGUGACUCUCCAUCAGUAAUUUCAAUUGCUACACGUCCUUAUCAUCAACAACAACCAACAUGUAUUAAUAUCACCGAUUUAUUAACAACAGGUCGAACUACAAACACUGGUGUAAAUAUUAUCGGAAAUAAUAAUAGUACUGAAACACGAAUAACUAUGCCAACAACAACUAUAAAUCGUUCAUCAACACUUUCAAAUCAACAACAAGAUUCAUUAAAUCCUUUAUAUCAAAGAAAUUAUUGUCGUUGGCCAAGUUGUGAUACAUUAUGUUCAUCAUUAAUUGAUUUUAAUCGACAUCUUAAUGAUGAACAUUCACUUGAUGAUCGUUCAGUUGCACAAGCACGUGUACAACAACAUGUUGUACAACAACUUGAAUCAUUAUUAACACGUGAACGUGAAAUUCUACAAGCUAUGAUGAAACAUUUACAUGGUGGUUCAAUAAUAAAUACAAAUGGUGCAACAUCAUCAAAUUCAAAUACAACAACAACAACACAUAUUAUUAAUCAACCAACAACACGUACAUUAACAACAUCAACAACACCAUAUCAUCAUACAUUAACAACAAAUGCACGUACAACACAAUUAACAUCAUUAUCAUCACCAGCAUCAUCAUCAUCAUCAAUAAAUAAUACAUCAUCAACAGCACUUCAUCAUUUACCAAUUGUUAAAUUAGAAAAUGCAUUUUUAACAUCAACUGGUGUUGUAACAACAACAAAUUCAAUUGAUUCAUAUAAUCGUACAACACCACAUGAUCUAUCAUCAGCUGCUAGUACAACAACAUCAACUAUAUUACGUGCAAGUGCAUCAAGUUCACCACCACCUGUUCAUACAGUUGAAGAAGAAGUUGGAGAUGAUACACAAGAUGAUGAUGAUGAUGAUAAUAUGGAUGAUAUUAAUGGUGAUAUAUCAACACAAACAGGUCAUAAUGGAAAUAUUUUACCUAUAAUUAAUAUGGAUAAACAUCGUUUAAAUCGAAAAUCAAAAACAAUGUUAGCACUUGGUGGUAAAAAAGCAGGAAAAGGCAAAGAAUUAAAAAAUCGCGAAUAUUAUAUGACACAUGAUGUACGUCCACCAUUUACUUAUGCAACAUUAAUUCGUCAAGCUAUUAUUGAAUCUCCAGAUAAUCAAUUAACAUUAAAUGAAGUAUAUAAAUGGUUUGAAGGACAAUUUCUAUAUUUUCGAAAGAAUGCACAAACUUGGAAGAAUGCUGUACGACAUAAUCUUUCAUUACAUAAAUGUUUUAUGCGUGUAGAAAAUAUAAAAGGUGCCGUAUGGACUGUAGAUGAAAAUGAAUUUUGUAAAAGACGUUUAACACGUAGUGCUGAAAAAGGAAAUAAUCAUAAUGAAUCAUCAUCAUAUGGACAUACUACAUCUACUCGUUUAUCAACUGGUGAUGAUCAAGCACUUUAUUCUUAUCCAUUUGGUAUGGAAGAUGAUUAUAAAGAUUUUAAAGGUUUAUUAAAUCAUGAAUUAGCAUUAAGUGGUAAUCAUUCUCAUGGUGGAAAUGGUGAUGAAGUUGAUGAUGAUGAAGAUGAUGGAGAUAAUUCUGCUAGUGUAAAUGGAAAUGGUGGUGAUCAUCAUGAUCAAUCUACUGAUAUGAAUCAUAGUCAAUAUGAUCAAACUGAUGAUGAUGAUGGACAAAAUGAUAUGAGAGAUAAAGAAAAAUCGAAGAAAGGUUUAGCACAUGGUGACGAUGAACAAGUUGAUGAAUAA